AGCCAAACCAAAAACAAAAAUCUUACUCUAAAAAUUUAAAACCAAAAUAUGAAAAUCGAAAACAAAAACAAAAACAAAAAAUCUAAACAUCUAAAACUAAAACCAAAAACUACUUCAAGCAAUAUUCAACACCAAGGUGUUGAUUAGAUUUUCUAUAAAAGUUGAAGGAGACUUCUCUAUUUAGCUGCGUAAUUUACAAUUUUGAUAUACAUAAUAACAAUAUAUAUAAUACAAUUGUAAGAAAAAUCCUAGUAAAUAGUCUUGAGGCACCAUUCAACUUAAGUUCUAUUAUAGGGACUAGCCAAGGGAAUUCAGUUUUUUGUUCCGGUUCCGGUUAUGUUUUAAUUUUUUGGUUCUUUGAUUCUAGAGGUUUAUGAUCGGACAUUAAAAUUUUUUGGUUUGGUUCUUUUUGGUUUUUACAGUUCUCGGUUCGGUUGGGUAGCAGUUUUAGGAACCACCUAACAUCUGAGAUGAUUCUGAAUCCCAUUCGGUUCUGAUUUUCGGUUAAGUUGGAUUAAAAAAUCAGAAAUUAAGGUUUUUCGGAUUAAAUAUCAGAUUUUUUAAAUUUUCAAAUAAAAUUUGAAUAAUUCAGAAAAUUUUAAAUAUUCUAGAUAAAAAGUAUAUGGUAACUCAUUUUUAGUAAUUAUGAUUUAAAAAAAAUAUUUUAAAAUUAUUUGAUUAUUUAACAAAUAAAUAUAAUUAAUAUUUAUAAGUAUAUAAAUUAUAUAUAGAAGUUUGAGUACCCAUUUAGUUCUUGGUUCGGUUCUGGUUAGGUCCACAUUUAGUUUUGGUUUUUGGUUAUAGAGAUAUAAGAUCCGUGCAGAUAAUUGAAAGGAUCCAAAUGCAAACCAAACAGAACCUCCUUUCGGUUCGGUUUGUUUCGGUUCUUUGGUUCCGAAUAUGUGCGUCCAGACCUCAUAGGGACAAAAGUAAAGAGAUUAGCAAGCAUGAAUGAAUAGUAGUCAUAUCUACUGUUUUUGUUUUUGUUUUGUUUAAUGUGGAUGUGUGUGUUUUUGGAGUUGUACAUAAUUCAUAUGGUCAUAAUUAUAAUUAAGCUUUGGUAUUGAAUAUUGGUUUGGAGUAGAUCUAAUUGUACCCAACAAACAUGCUAUUUUGAGCCUUUAAAAAGCCCAAAGCCCCAAAUAGUAUAUCAAAUGACUUGUCUUUCCCUUUUUCUGUUUCAAUUCAAUUUGAUUGAUUACCCACAACCACCACAAACACUUGGUUUGAAACUUAAGUGAAAAAGGCAGCUCAGACAAGAAGACAAAUGGAGUUUCUCAUCAUCAUCAUCCUCUUCCUUGUCUCUCUCCCUAUCUUCAUCUUCUUCAUCUUCCCAAGGCAACCGUCCUCACACAUCGGUUUCAAAUCCUACCCGAUCGUCGGCAGCAUACCUGGACUGGUGAAAAACCGUCACCGUUUCCUCGAUUGGACGGUAGAGACUCUGUCCAGAUGUCCGACACAAACAGCUGUUUUCCGGCGACCAGGGAACCAACAGUUCGUCAUGACGGCGAAUCCAGCAAACGUCGAGUUCAUGCUCAAGACGAAGUUCGAUAGCUUCCCUAAAGGCGAGCGGUUCAUCUCGUUUCUUGAGGAUUUUCUUGGCCGUGGGAUAUUCAACUCCGACGGCGAGAUGUGGUGGAAACAGAGGAAGACGGCGAGCUACGAGUUCAGUACUAGGUCGCUCCGUGACUUCGUUAUGACCAACGUCACCGUCGAAAUCAACACCAGGCUUGUUCCCGUGUUAGCCGCGGCGGCGACCGCCGGAGAAUCGAUAGACCUUCAAGAUAUAUUGGAACGCUUCGCGUUCGAUAACAUAUGCAAGUUAGCAUUCAACGUCGAUGCCGCUUGCCUCGGCGACGACGGAGCAGACGGUGUAGAGUUCAUGAGAGCCUUCGAAACGGCGGCGACGAUCAUCUCGAAACGGUUUCAGUCCGUGGUCUCGUAUUCAUGGAAGAUCAAGAAGAAACUUGACAUAGGAUCAGAGAAGGUUCUGAGAGAAUCAAUCGUGACCGUCCAUAAAUUCGCAGACGAUAUCGUGCGUCACACGAUUGAUGAUCAAGCUAGGUCAAGUAACACGAACGAGGAUUUGCUUUCAAGAUUCAUCAACAUCGAGGAGAUGAGUUCGCCGGAGCUGCUUCGUGAUAUUGUCAUUAGUUUCAUCCUCGCGGGACGAGACACGACAUCCUCUGCUUUGAGCUGGUUCUUCUGGUUGCUCUCUAAGCAUCCAGAAGUUGAAGACAAGAUCAGACAAGAGCUGAACUCGAUCAGGGCAAGAACAGGGAAACGUGUCGGAGAAGUUUACGGGUUUGAGGAGCUUAAACUGAUGAACUAUCUACACGCAGCUAUAACUGAGUCUCUUAGGUUAUAUCCUCCUGUGCCAGUGGACACAAUGAGUUGCGUUGAGGACAAUGUAUUGCCUGAUGGGACAUUUGUAGGGAAAGCUUGGGGAAUAAGUUACAACGCGUACGCGAUGGGGAGGAUGGAGAGUAUUUGGGGGAAGGGUUGUGAUAGGUUUGAUCCAGAGAGGUGGAUUGAUGAAACAAAUGGUGGGUUUAGAGGUGAGAAUCCUUACAAGUUUCCGGUGUUUCAUGCAGGACCAAGGAUGUGUUUAGGUAAGGAGAUGGCUUAUAUUCAGAUGAAGUCGAUAGUUGCUGCGGUGUUGGACAGGUUUGUUGUUGAGGUUCCGGGGAAGAAGGAGCGUCCUGAGAUUCUCUUGUCUAUGACACUUAGAAUGAAAGGUGGUUUGUUUGCUAGGAUACAUGAAAGAACCUGAGUUAUUUGUUGGACAAGUUAGCUUUGGUCUACACUUUUAUAAUGUUUAUGCUUUAUUUACUGUUUACACUCUUAUAAAGUAACGAUCUUGGACCAUCAAUAUGUGUAGUAAAAACUCAUUUGGGGCUAUUGGAUUCGACUUACUUGCAA